AUGCCCAACGGCCCGAGUUUGCCCCUCCCGAACCAACAUACCUCCGGCCCCAAAUGGCCUACCAAUUCAAUCCUCUUCCGGGAUCCGUUCCGGCCCCCUCUUCCCCCAUCCGAACAAGUGGUACGAUGGCUCUGGGGCUCGUAUCUCACCCCAAAACGCAACGCCGACAUCGGUUGCAUCGCCCGUGUCUGGGACUGGUGGUCGAGAAAUGCUAGUGCGUAUGGUAUCGGCAUGGAUGGUUGGAGUGGUACUUGGAAUGCCACUCCACGAAACCAGCAUUCUCUCAUGCAAUUCCAGGACGGUAAUCUCAUGUCUGUUGCUCGGCCUUCUAGUCCUGGCGAUGAACAGCCUUAA